AUGUCCCGCGCCGAGCGCUUCGACGACGAGCGCCGCCGUAUCACCGAGAGCUGCUUCGCCAAGCUCGACGACCAGGGCCAGCUGCACGAGUCGUACAUCACCCACAUCCGCGUCCAGGAGGAUGCCACCUACCCGCAGUCCCCCCCGCCCCCCACCGCCCCCGCCUCCAACAAAAAGGGCCGCCUCGUCAUCAUCUCCGUCCGCAGCACGGGCCGCGUCAAGCUGCACAAGGCCCGCGAGAACGCAAACGGCACCUUCUCCAUUGGCAAGUCGUGGCCCAUGGAAGACCUGUCCGCCAUCGAGAACUUUGUGCACAUGGAGCCCCGCAACCAGGACGAGGAGCAGAAGCGCCAGUGGGCCGCCGACAAGGGCUUCCUCGUCACCAUCACCAAGCCCUACUACUGGGAGGCCGGCACCGCCAAGGAGAAGGAGUUCUUCAUCGGCAGCAUGGUCAAGAUCUACAACAAAUACACAAACGGCGACUUUCCCAUCCUGACCGGCUUCAGCGCCACCGAGAUGAACAGCCUGACCAACGGACGCCCGCACCUGGCAACGCCAGAGGGCAAGGCGGCUGCAAAGACACCGGCCCGCCAAGUGCUACAGGACCCCGCAGUACAGCGACAGCCACCUCCCCUGGAACAACGCCAGCUUCCUCCCAAGUCUCCCGGGCCACCGCCGCGGAGACCAGCCGGGCUGCCUUCUGGACCCUCGGACGAAGGGAGGAGAGGGCUCACACUGCAGACCUCGAACCCCAACUUCAGAAGACCCCCCGGCGAGUUGCCUGGGCCCAGGAGACCAGGUCCGCCCGACGAUCAGAUGCGCGGUGGCGGUCGACCCAGCACAGGCGACGACAACCGCAGGCCCUCCCCCUUCAGCCCCAACCAGAACACCCCUCCCAUGCCAUCUCUACGGCAGAAGCCCUCCAUGGAACAAAGCAUUCGCUCACGGCCCAGUGGCGACAGCAUGAGACCACGCCCGCCACCAGCCCGAGAUCCCGUCCCACCGACGCCACCAAUGCCGUCUCAGAACCUGACACCACAGUCCUCCAUUUCCGGAUUUGGCGGUCGAUCAGAAACACCACAGUCUAGCGGUGACUACAUCGCGAACCUACCGCCUGCCCUCAGUCCUGGAAGACGAGCACAGGCCGAGGAUGCUCGCUCGCAGCGAUCCGAGAGGUCGGUGGAUGAGCAGUCGUUUGAGAGUGCGACGCCCAACAUGCCCCCACCUGAGCAGCGCAGACCGAACGGGUUUCCCUCACCGAGAAGGGAUCCGUCUCCAAGAGGUCUGAGACCUGGUACUGCGCAGAGCAAUGUCAGCCCAAACACCGGACGUAAUGACGAAGCGCCCCCAGACGCUCCUCCACAGCGCCGACGACCGUUCAUGGACGCUCAACCAUCUUCCCUGUCGCAGCGCAGUGUUGCCAGCACGGACAACGAGGCUGCCGCAGGCACGGCAUUUCACACUCCAUCAGGAACACCGCCGCCGCCACUCGAGGUCCCACCGCGACGAAGACCGCAGGAAAUUCCUGAAAGACUGAAGCCUGCCUCACAGCCUCCUCAAAACGCACUACCACCGCCCCAGCCUACACCACCUCCGUCAGUACCACUGCCGCCGCCGCCGCCGCCUGCAGUUGUACUUGAGCCACCAGCGCCAGCGCCAGCGCCAGAGCCAGUACCCGUUGAGGAGCCUGCCGCGCCACAGCAGCUGUCUAGUGAGCCAGCUGCAGCCCGGUCUGUUGAAACCCCAGUUUCUGUCGAGGAGACAGAGCCUGCCACUGCUUCUGAUCGAUUUCCUAUGCUCAAGAAGACGGUCGUACCCGCACCCGGCACGGCCGAGGCCGCAAACAAGUUUCGAAAAUUCGCUGCAGCUGCUGGUGCAUUCAAGCCUCGUGCCGGAGGCGCCGCCGCAAAAAUGCUCGCAAAGGAUACCAAAGUGUCCGAUGAGCCGGAUGGCAUCAGCGGCGUCUUCGUUCCUAAGAGGCCAGCCCCAGUGGAAGCACCCAAGGAAGAGGUAGUCGAGAAGAAUUUAGAACAGCCUGCGUCGAGGCCUACGUCGAGCCGCCUUUCACGUGAUCUGCCCAAGCUUGCUACCGAAGUCGUGCCCGCCGUCACGAUAUCGAGCCCGUUGGCGUCUGUGCCGGCAACCGUCGAAUCACAAGCGGAGUCUGUGGUGGAGGAGGAGAAGGAGGAGAAGGAGGAGAAGGAGCAGGAGGAAUCAGCUCGCGUACCCACCCCGGAGAAGUUGGAGGCCAAGACGCUUGAAGCAGCAACCGCUUCAGAGCCGCGUAAGAAGAAGAGACGCUCGAACCAACAAGUCAUGAAUAUUUCCAAACUCGGCAUUGACCCUAGCAUCAUGGACGAACGAGGCCUUGGCUUUGAGGGCUUACUUAGAGAACUUGGGUGGGGCGGCAAUGCUAUCGCACCCAAGCACAUCGAGAGCCUCGAGACUGACAUCAAGCGCGAGAUUGCGCGUGUGGAAGCAGGCAGCUGGCUCAAUCACCUCGAGCAAAAGGACGACCGAGUCGAAGCUGUUGAGCGCAUGCUCGAUCGCGCCAUCGCAGAGUGCGAUGAGUUGGAGGGUCUCCUGACCCUGUACAACGUUGAACUAAGUAGCUUGAAUGACGAUAUCGCCUUCAUCGAAGCGCAGAGUCAAGGUCUUCAGGUGCAGACGGCCAACCAGCGUCUGCUGCAACAGGAGCUACAGCGACUGGUCGAGACCAUCUCCAUCACAACCGACCAGCUCGAGGUGCUGCGGCGCUCCCCGAUUGGCAAGAUCAACGGCUUAAUAGACAUUGAGGAGGCUCUGGUGCUGCUGUACAAGGCGCUCAUCACCAUCGACCCUGCUUUUGUGGCGGGCAGCCGCGCCGGUCUAGGCAAGAUCACAAGCAGCUCUGGAUUCGGCAACAGCGAGCUUGCCACCAUGCAGGCACUGCAGGAGAAGCGCGAUAGAUAUCUGGGUGAGGGCGCCAUGUUCUUAGAUCGACUCAAGAAGCACAUGGAGAUCACCUUUGGCGCUGCGUUCUUGACGACCAGGGACUCCUUGAAGCGAAUCGAUCAGGGCUCUAUGCCGUCGUUGAAAAAGAACAUCGAAGCACACGACGCUGGCAGGAACGAGUUGUGGAUGUUGAGCCCAGUCAUCCUCUUUGCAAAGGAGAUUGAUCGUACUUCCUGGGACACGCUGAUCAGCAUGUACCAAAGUCAGGCAGCUCAGCUGUACCAGCAAGAGGUCCGCGAUAAUAUUCUGGCCUGGAGACGCUUUGCCCGUAAGCCAGCAGGCGACGAGCAAGACCUGCUCUUCACCACUCAAGAAAAGGAAGUCGAGAGUAUGGCAGGAACUGCACGUAAGCUCACAGUCAAGCGUUCUCAAACCCUUGCGCGUGGUCUACGGUCGGCAUCUGGCGACAAGGAGACCAAGGUUGCCAAAGUGCCUCAGGAUGGCAAGCUGCAUGCCUUCGAUGUGUUCGGGAGGGUCUUGGACGAUAUUGGCCCUGUUCUGCUUACCGAGCAAAACUUUGUCACCGAGUUCUUCCAUGCCACCUCUACAGACGCCGUCGACUUCCCCGAUGCAGUGUCGGCUGCACCCCCGCAGUCUCGUCGCGGGCCCAACCUGUGGAUCAGGAAGCCAUUCGAGGCCGACAGGUCCAUGGCCAAGCGUGUUGCUGAUGUCAUGGAGGACAUUUUCUCCUUCUGGCCCACCGAGAUUCAGAGCCUCGUCGACUGGGCCGUCACGUCCGAUCCUUUGCAGGGGGUGGGCAUUCUGUCUGCCGUCGAUCGCAAACUGCUCGACAUCGAAGACUCGAACCAGGACUUCCUCACACGUACUUUGCAAAAGAUCCAUGAAAGAUUGAAGGGCCUUUUCAGCCGCUUCCUCGAUGAGCAGAUCCGUGCGAUUGAAGACACCAAGGUCAAGAUCAAAAAGCGCAAGGGAGUCAUUGCCUUCAUGAAGACGUUCCCCCACUUCUCAGUGGCCAUUGAGAAUAUGCUGCCAUCAUCGUCUGACGGAGGCGACCAGCUUGAAAUCAGGCGCAUGGUCAACGACGCGUACCAACGAAUCAACAAAGCCAUGUUUGAAAGCUUAAAAGUCAUCGCCAAGGAGUCCCCCACCGUCAUGGGCACGCAGGGCCAAGGUGACCCGGAGGAUAAGGAAGCACUCAACUACCACAUCCUUCUCAUCGAGAACAUGAACCACUACAUGGAGGAAGUCGAUGCGCGGGCUGACACUGUGCUCGACUACUGGAAAGCCAAAGCACAGGAAGAGUACAGCGAGCAUAUGAAUCUUUAUGUCGACGCCGUGAUCCGUCGCCCACUCGGCAAGCUCCUGGAAUUCCUAGAGUCUACGGAAACCCUCCUCGCUGCGCGUGGCGGGUCCCCCCAAUCCAUUGCCCAACGCUCCUCGCACUCCCGCUCCGUGUUCAAGAAACUAAUACACUCGCACGACGCCAAGGAAGUGCGCAAGGGCAUCGAGGCGCUCAAGAAGCGCGUGGACAAGCAUUUUGGCGACGCCGACGACCCGAGCAUCAGCAAAGAUCUGGUGUUCAAGGUGCUCAAAGAGUGCGAGAGGAAAUACAUUGGGAUUAGCGAGAGGGUGCAGAGGGUCAACCAAGACGUGUAUCAGGGCGAGGUGGAGGUGGAUUGGGGCACGAGCGAGGUACAGGGUGCGUUCAGGAGAUAG